UCAUAGAACCGAGCCGAAAAACGGGAGGGGGGGGGGCUGUCAAUGAUUGCGCUCUCCAUGGAAACCCGAGGACCAAUGAGAAGGGCAGAAGCUGUUUAUAGAGGCGGAGCGUCUCCAUGGCAUCCAGAGAAGCCUUUUGGAGCAGCUACUUAUUGACAGUCAUUCUGUUGCUUACAAAUCACAGUACCUUUGGGAUAAAAGGGCUCUGGCAGCCUUCAUAAUUUAUCCGGCGGGAGAACAGUAGAAACCCCCCCUCUCCCCCUCCCCUUUUUCUUCGUCACCCCACCGAAGAGCCCCCGUUUAGCUGUAAACCUUGGGCAGCGGUGGGGUUUCUUCAUAGGAGCAGGAUUGUUCCCUUACCCAUCCUCCCCAUUCUUUUCCAAUCCCCCCCUUCCUGCUCUCCCACAAUUCCUGAAUGUUGGACCUGCCUAUUUUGGCUUCCACUGGCAUGACUGACGGCUGGCUAAAUAUGCAGUCAGAGGAAGAAAAAAGUCAGGACAACAGCAUGAUGGAUUCGGGCAACCUGGACGACAGCUUGACCAGUCUACAGUGGCUUCAGGAAUUCUCCAUCAUCAAUGCAAACAUGGGCAAGUCAUCCUCUUCCCUAUGCAGCACAGAUCCUCAUGGUUAUCACAAAAUACCUGGCUCGGCUGCACCAUGUUCUCCCCUUGCUGGUGAUCCAGCUUGCAUGGGAAUGCCCCAUACCCCUGGCAAGCCAAUUUCCUCUUCCACAUCCAGGACUGCACAUCUACAAGGCCAGCCACUAGAAAACAUAGAUUACAAGACCAACCCUCAUGUGAAACCUCCUUACUCUUAUGCUACCCUCAUCUGUAUGGCAAUGGAAGCAAGCAAGAAAACAAAAAUCACCCUCUCAGACAUCUAUAAAUGGAUUACUGAUAAUUUCUGCUAUUUCCGGCAUGCUGACCCCACAUGGCAGAAUUCCAUUAGGCACAACCUGUCCUUGAAUAAAUGCUUCAUCAAGGUACCACGAGAGAAAGAUGAACCGGGAAAAGGUGGCUUCUGGAAGAUUGAUCCUCAGUAUGCAGACAGACUGAUGAAUGGAGCUUUCAAAAAACGCAGGAUGCCCCCUGUGCAGAUACAUCCAGCCUUCACCGGAAGAAUCCAACAGGAUGCAAGUUCCAGUUCUUCAGCUCACCAAUCGGCAACCUCUUGGAAAAACAGCAGCAUUCUGAAGAUCAAUGUAGAGUCCCAGCAGCUGCUCAAAGAAUUUGAAGAAGUGACCAGUGACCAGAACUGGAACCCAGCAGAUGGAAAAAUGAGCCAUAAACGCAAGCAGCCGCUGCCAAAACGAAUGUAUAAGGCAGCCCGCUUCUCCAGUUCCCCUAUGCUUACUCAGGAAGAACAGACAGAGCUUGGCUCUCUCAAAGGUGAUUUUGACUGGGAGGCUAUCUUUGAUACCACCUUAAAUGGUGAUUUCUCUACCUUUGAGGAUCUGGAAAUUACUCCUCCAAUCAGCCCAAUAACCAGGGAUGUAGACUUGACAGUGCAUGGAAGACAUAUCGAUUGCCCACAGGAGUGGUGCCCAGCUGGGCAAGAUUAUGUGCUCACAGAAUCUAACCAGAGUAGCUUGGACUUUGAUGAAACAUUUAUUGCCACUUCUUUCCUUCAGCAUCCCUGGGAUGAAGGGAGAAAUGAUUACCUCUCAAAUUCUGUCAACAUGGAUCCACUAUUUGAACUCAAUGACCCUUCUUUGCAAACAGAAAUGAAUGACUGGAGCAAUGCUGGGUGUCUUUAAUGAAAGACAGUUCCCUGAAUGGAAGGUUCAAGAUUAACCAACUCUAAGAACAAGAUGGUCCCAGAGCUGCAGGACUUGACAAAAGGAAGAAUCCAUGAACAAAUGAGACAGCUUUAGUAUUGGGACCUGCUGUCUCACUGAAAAGUUACGGUGGGGGAAAAAGAAGAUCUGGAUAAUUGGGGCUGGAUGUACCUAAAAGUAACACAUUUGAUAUGAGGAACACUAUACCCCAACAGAUAACAAAAAAUAAUAAUACAGUGUCUAUUUGUGUUCUUUUAAAGAAAUACAGGUUUUUUUUCUAUUUGGGGCUAGAGGGAAAUGAAAAGGGGAUAAUUUCUUUGUGGGAGAAGGGAGGACAUUUGAAGAGGUUGGAAGAGCAGGCCUUUUCUGAUGAUUAGGGUAUAUUAGAUCAUUGACCGUUUCCUCUUCCUUCUUUCUUUCCUUUCUUCGGUAAGUGUGCUUGUAUUUGUUUUUCCCAGGGAAGAUCUCUAGCUAAAACAUGGGACAAUCUAGCAGGCAAGUACAAUUUCCAUCUCUGUUCAAGGAGUUGCAACCACCUGUCUACCACGCUAGAUCAAUUUAGAUUUUAAAACUUAUAUGCUUUGAAAUAAAUCAAUAAGUCAAGUUGUUUCAAGCUUUUAAAACAGAAGCUAUUAUCUAUCUAUAGACCUAUAAUGGAAGUUAUAUUUUUAGCUACAGAGGGUAAAAUCAGUAGAGUAUUGGGUUGGGUAGGGAGGGAGGACUAUUUGUAAUAAUGGAAAUUCAGAUUGAAGUGUAUCAAAUGCUUGUUAUCAGAGGGAAAUAUAAUACAUAAGUGGGAACAUCUGCCACAAGAUUUUUUAAAAAUCUAUACAUGGGACUUGAUUUACUCUAGAUGUUCCUUUUUACUUAUUUUUGUAUCUAAAAUACUUCUUGACUGACUCUGUACGCUGUAAUACCUAGACAUAAAAGUCAAAGUAGGUAAACCCUCUGAUGUUAAAGUUUAUUUUAAAAACAUUUCACUUUUUUAUAAGUAGAAGCUUAUGAAGGGAUUUGUGGCAUGCUUCAACAACUCAGUCAUCAGCUCAGUUGGCUGAUUAUGUAGGGCUCUAUUUUCUUGUCUUUUGGUCAACCGUCAGAAUUGCUAAAACAUUUCUCUGCUUUAAGUUAUGCCUUGUCUUAUGUGACUCACCAACCAGUAGCAAUGUAGAAGUGAUUAAUGUAAGCAAACCAAAACUACUCAUAAUUGUCAUGUUCUUUUGUGUUUCUACACUAAAGCAGAACACUAUAGACCACUAUACAUACAGCAGAAAAUACUAAAGAAAGAACAACUUAAAUCUUCACUCUGAUGAGUUACUUUUGCUUUUGAACUAAAACUGAACUUUCUUGUCAUCUAACUAGGCACUUUUAGCCUAGAAUCAGCUGUCAUAAUAGCCUUUUGAAUGUAUUCAAAUAAAGUAAAAUGAGGACAUUUAGGGUAGUUAUGGAAAAUAUGUUUUGAAAAAUAAUAGCCUUAUUAGAGACACCACAAUGGUAUUUCAUAGAUGUUAACUUUUUAAAGGAGCUAUUCAAUGGGUCCAUUCGGGUUAAGGCUCAGCAUCCAAAUAGAAUUUACAGUACUGAAAAAUUCUGCACCAUUUUUUCUUGCCUACAUAUCUUUAAAGCUGUUAACCUAAGUGCUACAAAAUGCAUUUUGAAAUAUGUAUAUUUUCAUAUACUUAGUCUCUCCUAACAAACCUCUGGUGUGGAAAGUGUCACAUUCUCAGGGCAAAAGUUAUGGUGCUACAUUACUCUACAGCAAAUACAAUGAUUUGUGUGUGAUAAAAAACAAACAAACACUCUUCUGAUCAAAUCUGUACAGAGAAAACAAAAACACGUGCCCUUAGAUUAUGUGAAUGAAAGAGCUGAAUUUGAAUAUUUUGCAUGCUCUUAAUUUUAGAAAUUACCCACAUCAUGGAUACAUGUAUUAUCAGAAACAGAGAAUCUAAAUUUAGGGCUUGGUGCUGUGCCACAAAUAUUAAUGCUAAACUCACUUUAGUCUGGACAGAAAAAUGUAUUAUUAGUUUGUAAUACCUUUAGCACUAGAAAAGUCUUUUAACAAUUAUUCUCACAGUGAUCCCGCUUUCAGUUGUCCCUCUCUCUCUCUUUCUAUAGCAAUUUCAAGGCCUUUCCAAAUCAGCUGGAGAGUAAGAGUGAGUGAGGCAUGCACAAUAAAUGUGCAUGUGAUUUUGGUUUGUUUUGUACUGCCUACCCAAUUUCUCCUGAGGCUUCUGAUCAUGCAGCAUGAAAGCCAAUAGUUUGUAUUUGGAGGAAGUGCAGUAUUUUCCUCAAUCUGUACUGAGCAGUCUAGAAGAAAAUGGAUGACCAACUGGCAGUUUCUAGACUGCAUCCAUUGUCAAUGGUGUACUUUCCAAUAGUCUGUGGGUUUUUGUGGCCUGCAGUUCUGGUCAACACCAAAGUAGGUCUCUAAUUAAAGGAAAUAAAGUACAUACACUCAUGAUUCUUUUGGAACAACUUUGAGGCAUAUGGAAAAUGCUUGGAAAUAUUCCCUGAAAUAAACUUGUAUAUGGAAUUGGUAGUGCAAAAAUAUAUAUAUAUAUAGUACCAGUACUACUUUCCUUCACCCUAUCCAGCAUUAAAUUUAUUCUUUGCAAUUUCCAGUAGCUGACUUUUCCAGACAAUUUGGUCAUUAAGGAUUAUGGGCAGUUUUAGGAACCUGGCUGUACUUAUUCUAAAAUAUAUUGCUUCCACAGGUCUAAGGAGCUGAAAAAGUACAGUCACUGUGGAGUGAAGUACAUUCCUAUUAUUUCAUAACAGAUGUGGGACUGCUGGUAAUAAUAGUGUUGGUAAAAACAAUUAUGCUUCCUGGCAUUGAAUAAGAUUCAGCCCACAAAUUUAUUUGUUGUGGAAGAAUUGUAGGAUAUUUUAGCAUCAGAGGGAGCCCCAUUAUUGGGGCAGGGGGAACUGAUCUGGAAUGCAAGCUAUUCUUUUCAGGUUCUAACCCCCUUCUUUCUUAAUCAAAAUGUAGUCGACUUACUGGUAAUUAAAAUAUUAGAUUUUUUUAAAUUUAGGGAAGGGGGAAUCUGUGAAUGGGAAAGAAACUUUGCUGUUGGAAACAAUAUGAGCAGUCUUAACCAUAUCAGAAGAUACAUGUAUAUGAUUUUUUUUAAAUUAAAAAAUGGAAUAACUGCUGGAAACCCUCUAUUUUUAGUAAGUGAUGGAAUAACAUAAAAUUUAAAAGUAAUGUGAAAAUGGAAUUUAUGUGCAAAAUGGACCAUCUGUACAGCAUCAGUUUUGAAACAACCGAGGACUAGUAUGUCACAUUUAAAAUUAGGAAUAUUGUAAUUCCAUGAAUUCAGAUUUGAAAUUGGUUCAGUAAUAAUUGUGAUCUAUACAGAUUUUAGUCUUUUAAAAUCCUGUUAGUUUAACUACACUUUUCUACUGAGGUCAGUUAAGUUAAUACACAUUGGAUUUGGCUUGGUCCAGCCCAAUGUUGUUGUUUUUUUAACCAUAGGAUAUGGCACUUCAAAAUGCAGGCCCACCCACAACCACAUAAAGCAAAUAAUUUGAGGCAUUUGAAUAAUAGCUUACCUUUCCCUUACCAAUAAUUGCAUAGAAAUGUAGUUUAGCAAUAUGGUUAAAGCUGCAACUUUAUGUACAUUUGCUGCCUUGAUAUUCAAAUUAAUUGGAGCUUUGCUAUUGAUUUCUAUAGGUUAUAUACAAUGACUCCAACCUAAUUUAGAAGCCUGUGACAGUUGUAGAUUCUAAUUUAAAUGUUCUAAUUAGGUAAUCAAACUAAUGUUUAUUUUGUAAAUUUUAGAAUCCUGAAUUUGUUUCGGCUCUUUUCAGCAGAAGCAGAUGCCAGAGAAACUGGUCUGUGUUUCUGGAUUGACUGUUGCUGAAAACUCUGCUUCCAUUCUCCUUUUUUAAAAGUAAUAGUAAUAAUAAACAUAAUGUCAGCAUUUUGGACCACCGGCUGCUGUCAAGAUUAAGUGAAGUACUAUGGAGCAAAGCCAGUUUGCUAUUGGAACAAGUCGAGAGCAUUCUCUGAAUGGCUAUAGUACAAAUGUAAAGCCUCCGUAAUGGUUCAGCCUCUUUAAUUCCCAACCAAGGAACUCUAAAAGUUAUAACUCAGUGAAUGGCAGUGAACCUGUCAAAUACAUCUCUGCACCUGACAGAACUACAGUUCCACGAGAACUCUUAACAGGAUACCGAAGAGUGAAAAUGAGCAAUUUCUAUGCAGGGGGCUUUUAUGCUGUAAAUGUACUGUUGUUCAUAGCAAGUUACACAUUGUAUUGCAUUCAGGAUUUCACACUGCAAUGAGUAGCAUGCUUUCGUUGUAGGCUUUGGGCUCAUAGAUUUACUACUAAGCUCUGUCAAAACUAGUGGCUGUAAUAUAGCGCUGACAGAACUUGAGUCUGGUUUCAAAUCUGUCUCACUUUGUAGAUUUAGUUAUUUCUUCUGUCAUCGUUCACUUGUGAAAUUGCUCCAGGAGUGGGUUGAACUAUCAAACUUAAGAGAAGUGCACUGCACAUCCUUCAAGACUAUGGAAACUUACCGGCAAUGAAAUCAUACCAUUGCUGGCUAUCAAACCAGACAUGGGGGAGCGUUGGUUGGUUUUGCUUUUUCUUAACAUAAUUAUUUCUUUUCUGUUCCAUUUUAAUGGCUUGGAUUGGGGUUUGUUUCCUACUCAUGUUGAAAAACGGCAACAAUACGUGUGCAAUUUAACUAUGGAAAGCUGUUUGCUAUUUAAAAAAAAUAAAUAAAAACAAAACAUUGGUA